CGCCUGGGUGUGCUGCUGGCUGCUGGGCUGGCAGGCGGCCGCCUUGCAGCUGCCACCCUGCCAAGAGACAGAUUACCACUUCGAGUACACAGAGUGUGACAGCAGUGGCUCCAGAUGGAGGGUGGCUGUCCCGAAUCCGUCAGUGGAGUGCUCUGGACUACCUGACCCCGUGAGAGGGAAGGAAUGCACUUUCUCCUGUGCCUCUGGUGAGUACCUGGAGAUGAAGAACCAGGUGUGCAGCAAAUGUGCAGAGGGAACCUACUCUCUGGGCAGUGGGAUCAAGUUUGAUGAGUGGGAUGAGCUGCCAGCAGGAUUCUCCAACGUGGCGACUUUCAUGGACACGGCAGUCGGCUCAUCUGAGGGGAAAGCUGACAGCUGCAACAACUCUUCAUGGACACCUCGAGGGAAUUACAUUGAGUCAAACAGGGAUGAUUGUACAGUUUCUCUCAUCUAUGCUGUGCACCUGAAGAAAUCCGGCUCUGUCUUCUUUGAAUACCAGUAUAUUGACAACAACAUCUUCUUUGAAUUUUUUAUACAAAAUGACCAGUGCAAAGAAAUGGAGUCCACGGCAAACAAAUGGGUGAAGCUCACAGACAAUGGGGAAUGGGGCUCUCAUUCUGUAACUCUGCAAUCAGGUAGCAAUAUAUUAUACUGGAGAACAACAGGGAUUCUCAUGGGCUCCAAAGUUGUAAAACCAGUUUUAGUGAAGAACAUCACAAUUGAAGGAGUUGCGUACACGUCUGAAUGCUUCGCGUGCAAGCCUGGUACCUUCAGUGACAAACCAGGUGCAUCCGGCUGCCAGGUGUGCCCACGAGACACUUAUUCUGAGAAAGGGGCUAAAGAGUGCACCAAGUGUAAAGAGGAUAUGUACUAUGCAGAGGAGGGAUCCAGUGCAUGCAUAGAACGACCUCCAUGCACAAGCAAAGACUUUUUCCAGAUCCAUACCCCAUGUGAUAAGGAGGGGAAAACUCAGAUCAUGUACAAGUGGAUUGAACCCAAGAUCUGCAGAGAGGAUCUCCCUGAUGCAUUGACCCUACCUCCUUCUGGAGAGAGGCAGGACUGUCCACCCUGCAAUCCUGGCUUUUACAACAACGCCUCAUCUUCCUGCACUCCCUGCCCACCAGGCACAUUUUCAGAUGGGACACAAGAGUGCAAAGCCUGCCCUGCUGGGACUGAACCAGUUCUUGGGUUUGAAUACAAGUGGUGGAACAUCCUGCCAGGAAACAUGAAGACAUCCUGCUUUAACGUUGGCAACUCCAAGUGUGAUGGGAUGAAUGGUUGGGAGGUGGCUGGUGAUCACAUCCAGAGUGGGGCAGGAGGCUCUGACAAUGACUAUCUUAUCUUGAGCCUGAACAUCCCAGGAUUUAAACCUCCAACAUCAGUGACAGGAGCAACUGGGUCAGAACUUGGACGGAUUACUUUUAUUUUUGAGACCAUCUGUUCAGCAGAUUGUGUGCUGUACUUUAUGGCAGAUGUUAAUCGAAAAAAUACCAAUGUGGUGGAAUCAUGGGAAAGAAGUAAAGAAAGACAAUCCUACACUCACAUCAUCUCCAAAAAUGCUUCCUUCACAUUCACCUGGGCCUUUCAGAGAAUAAAUGAGGGCCAAGAUAGCAGGCAGUUCAUCAAUGACAUGGCCAAGAUCUACUCCAUCACGGUGACCAACGCAGUGGAUGGAGUGGCCUCUUCCUGCCGGGCCUGUGCCCUGGGCUCCCAGCAGUCGGGCUCGUCCUGCGUGCCCUGCCCGCCUGGACACUACAUCGAGAAGGAGACCAGCCAGUGCAAGGAGUGUCCGGCCAACACCUUCCUGUCCAUCCACCAGGUGUACGGCAGGGAGGCCUGCAUCCCGUGUGGGCCUGGCAGCAAGAGCACCAAGGACCACUCUGCCUGCUUCAGUGACUGCCUGGUGUCCUAUGUCAAGGAUAACCAGAGCCUGAAUUACAAUUUUAGCAACCUCAGCCAGGUGGGUUCAUUGAUGAGUGGACCUAGCUUCACUUCCCGAGGGACCAAGUUCUUCCACUUCUUUAACAUCAGCCUGUGUGGGAAUGAGGGGAAGAAGAUGGCAAUUUGCACUGACAAUAUCACAGAUGUUACUCUGAAGGACAUGGUUGCAGAAUCAGAAGAUUUUUCCAAUUUUGUGGGAGCUUUUGUCUGUCAGUCCACCAUCAUCCCGUCAGACAGCAAGGGCUUCCGAACAGCCCUGGCUCUGCAGUCCAACAGCCUUGCUGACAGGUUCUUAGGAGCUACUAUUGAAACAACGCUGGAAGGUAUCAGCAUCAAGGCAGAUAUGUUUCCUCCCUCUCCAAGCAAAAUAUCAGAUGUGCAUUUCUUUUACAAGUCUUCAACAGUGACAACUUCCUGUGAGAAUGGCCGUGCUACUGUUGUGACAAUGAGAUGCAACCCCAACAAACCAGACCAAGGAGAGCUUUCUGUGCCCAGCUCCUGCCCCGCGGGCACCUGCGAUGGAUGCACUUUCUACUUUCUAUGGGAAAGUGCAGAAGCUUGUCCUCUCUGCACAGAGCAAGACUACCACGAGAUUGAGGGAGCCUGCAAAAAAGGAUUUCAGGAAACUUUAUAUGUAUGGAAUGAGCCAAAGCAUUGCAUUAAAGGAGUUCCCUUGCCAGAAAAGAAGACUAGCACUUGUGAAACAGUGGAUUUUUGGCUUAAAGUUGGAGCUGGUGUUGGUGCUUUCACAGCCGUUCUGCUCAUAGCCUUGACUUGCUAUUUUUGGAAGAAGAACCAGAAGCUGGAGUAUAAAUAUUCCAAAUUAGUGAUGACAACGAACUCAAAAGAGUGUGAACUGCCAGCUGCUGACAGCUGUGCUAUAAUGGAAGGAGAAGAUAAUGAAGAAGAAAUAGUAUAUUCAAAUAAGCAGUCACUGCUGGGGAAGCUCAAAUCCUUGGCAACAAAGGAAAAGGAAGAUAAUUUUGAAUCUGUUCAGCUGAAAUCUUCGAGAUCCCAGAAUAUAUGAAGAACUAAUGCUGCCUUCAAAGAAACAAACCUAAUUUCUAUUUUUACAGGACCAUAUUUUAAACAUGUUCUGGCACACAUUGUAGUGGUGAUCUUGGUGAGAAAUGCUUGGCCAUUUAGGAGGAAACAAGACAGGAAGCAAACCAGAAAAUUGGAUUGCCUUACCAUGUGAUUGAGUACCUUGCCAAAAAAAGAAAACAGAUGCUUGGAUUCCAUACUGGGAAUGAAAUUCAACUCAGGAAGAGAUAUACAUACUGCAAAUAACAUGAAUUUUUUGCAUUCACCUGAGCAACACUCAGGCAUGCCAUAUGAUUUAUAGGUACUUUUUGUUUCCUUCUCCAAUCCUUCUGAGCAUAUUUCUAAGAAAUUAUUUUCAGAGAGGCCUGCAACCUCCUGCAAAGGUUGUGUGUUGUUGUUUACUGGCAUAACUGUGAGUCUCUCUUGAAAUCAAAAUUGUGAAUGGUACUUGGAAUGAGCCUCAGGUGAGUUUUGAACUUUGGAAAAUACUUUUGAUUUUAAUGCUUUGAAGGUCUGGAUGGUCUGUGUUGACCUCUAAUGCGAGAGGAAUUGUGUUGCACCUGCAAAUCAAACCUAUUCUGGUGCCUAAGUCGUGGCCAUCAGGGUUGGAGUAAAACCUAGUGCUAAUAAAUUUACACUUGGUAACAGCUGUUGUGUGAAUUGUAGGUCUGGGCUCAUGGGUUUAUAGGCAGUAGCAGGUUCAAACUCUAUAAAGAGAUGUAAAGUGGUACCUACAGUGCAAAUUGCACUUGUCCUUCUCUGUGGAAACUUUUCCUCUCAAAAGAGGUCUUUGGCAGAUUCAGUGUCCUCCUUUGGGCUGUGUAAAUGUCACUUUUCCCAGGGCUGGAAACUGGCAAAGCCUGAACUCUGGAGGUACAGCAAAAGUCUCUACUUUUGGGAAUCAGGGUUCAGCUUUGUCAGUUGAGAGGCUUGUUAGAAAUACUCAGCCUUCAUUAUUCCUGGGCCCAUGCAAGGA